AUGCAGCCGGUAAAGAACGUUCAGCUGGCUUCAAAUGAUAUCAAGCUGCUGGCUAUGAAGGGCUACACUGUCGGCGACGCCCUCAACAGUGGCUCAUUUGCUUGCGUCAGUAAAGCCACCUACAAAGGCAAACCAGCAGCUGUAAAGGUGAUCAACCUGGAGAAGACAUCAGAUGACUAUCGCAUCAAGUUUUUGCCAAGAGAGCUGUACAUUAUUAAAAAAAUCAGACACCGCUACAUUGUCAAAGUCAUUGAUAUUUACGUCAUUGCAAACAGUGUUUUUGUGUUUAUGGAGCUGGCCGAUGGUGGUGAUUUUCUGGAUUUACUGCAAGCGGAGGGUGCAUUGACUGAGAAACGUGCCCGAUACUUUUAUGUGCAGUACGGAGAUGCCUAUCGUUACAUGCACAACAUGGGAUUCGCUCACCGUGACAUCAAGUGUGAGAACAUUUUGCUGAACAAACAACGCACCCACGCCAAGGUCACAGAUUUUGGCUUCACCAGAUCAUGCAUUGAGCGACAGAGUGGCCAACGAAUGCUCAGUGAGACGUACUGUGGCAGUCGCGCCUACCUUGCCCCUGAAGUGCUCAAAGCAGAGAAGUACAAUCCGCUUCUUAGCGACGUUUGGUCCAUUGGGGUGGUGCUCUUUGUGCUGCUGCAGGAUCGUUUUCCCUUUAAUGAUCGCGAUUGGAAGUCCCUGCGAAAGUCUCAACUGGAGCGCAGUUACUACGUGAGCAGCCGCCUCAGUGCUAGCUGCAAGGACAUCAUUCAUGCUCAUUUAAACCCUAAUCCGAGCACCCGUGCUAACAUGAUGGAGCUACUGCAGCAUGAGUGGCUGGGAGCAGACAAGACGAGCCUGGAAGAUGGCUCCGACUGA